GAAGAAGAGCAACUCACACUGAGCUCAGCGAGCUUCAAAUUCUGUUGCUUCAGAUUUAAAUUACUAUAUUACCCCUGGGUGAGUAUAAGAAGGCUGAUGAGCAAUAAUAGUGUUGUGGUGACAAAGCAAUGGCUUGCAUGCACUUCACAAACGCCGCGUCGUUCCGGCCAGAGCGAUUCUCCGGCGCCGGAGAUUUCAACAAGGCUAGCAAGCUAUUUCCGAGGAGGAAGUCGGUUGUGGUCUCCUGCACGGGAAGUUCGCCGGAAGCUCCUCCGAGUAAGCCGGAAAUCGAGCUCGAGUUCAUCGCGCCGAAGCCGGGGAACGACGGGUCGUACGCGGUGGAGAAGGCGACGGCGAUUAGUGGCGAGAAGCUACUGAGGAGCAUCAUGUCGGAUAACAAGAUCGAGCUUUACGCCACGUAUGGGAAGCUGAUGAAUUGUGGAGGUGGUGGAAGCUGUGGGACUUGUAUUGUAGAGAUUAUUGAUGGGAAGGAUCUUUUGAAUGAAAGAACUAAUACUGAACUCAAAUAUUUGAAAAAGAAACCUGAAUCUUGGAGACUGGCUUGCCAAACUAUUGUGGGAAAUAAAGACAAUUCUGGGAAGGUUGUUGUUCAGAGGAUUCCCCAGUGGAAAAAGUAACUGAAGGCCUUAUUACUUAAUAUAAGCUUGGAAUGCAAGAAUUCUCACACAUGUAUUGACUUAUUGGUCACUCCAAUGAGUAUUUGAAUACCAACAUAGUGGAAUAUUAGUGUCCUUGUUUAGUGUUAUAUAUCUCUAU